AACCAGGCCCUCCAGUGCACAGAUAUGAUUCCUCCCAGACUGCAGUCCUGUGAUGCCAUACAAUCUUCGCUUGCUAAAUUAUAGACAGGACUAUUAACGCCAUUUUAAACAGGGGAUUCCUGCAUUUCUUAGGCAGAAGGAAGUGCCUUUGACUGGCCUAGGAACUAAAGUGCCUUCGGUUAUACUCAAACUGGUACAGUGCGUUUUGACAUGGAUGGUCCAAGUCGAAGCGUCGGGUUCAGGCAGAGCCGUCGCUCCCGUUCUCAACGCGACAGAGAACGGCGGAGAAGGAGAGCAGAUCUCGCCGAACACCGGGCCUCGUCUCCGUCCUCGGCCUCGGAUCAAGAGCUUUGUAGGGGAGACGGUUUACUUGGUGCUACCGGUGGAGACUGUCGCUUGCCCGGUGCAAGACAUCGACCUCCCCGUCGGAGAAAACGAGAAUCGGUGUCUUGUGAAGAGGAUAUUAUUGAUGGUUUCGCUAUAGCCAGCUUCGUAAGUCUGGAGGCCUUGGAGAUGGACUGUUCUCUAAAGCCUUCAGAUCGAGCUGGGAUGGUGGACCGUGUAAACAAGAGGAAGAGGGCCCCUGAGGAAAAUGGGGGACCUUUUUCGGAGCCUGAGGAAGGAGCUCCAGCUCCUUUCAUUAGCAGAUAUCCGAAGAGAAGGAGAGAAUUGAAGAGUUCGGUUAAUUUGAUGGAAACAGGAUACAUUUGUGACACAGAGAGUGAUUCGGGUGACAAGGCCUCUGAUAAUGAUAUGGAGCCAACAUUCAUCGUCAGCACUAGGAAAGUGACUGACUCAAACCCAGUUACCAUGGCCACCACUGUGAGCAACAGCUGUCCUCUGAUCCCAUCAAACAUUCGGUUACCGCGUCUGUCGGUGACACCUCGCGUGUCCGGACUGGAGCGGAGUCAGGAGAGGAGUAUGGACCUGCCUUAUCCUGAGCUCACCUCUACCUCGUCCUCCGUCAUAUGCCUGUCCUCACGGUCCCCGGCCUCCGCCUCCAAAACCCUCCCCGACGAGCUCGUCGGCGCGGCCGGCCACCAGCGCCGCCACGACCCCAGCCCCCCCUGCCACAAACCCAAAAACUUUCUCUCUUUCCCCGGACGCUCACAGUCCAUUCACAGCAUGGGCGUCAACAGCAGGAGCAGUACCUCAGUCAAGCCUCCAUCUUCCUCAUCUGCCUCUUCAUCGAUUCGGCCGCCUACACCUUCCACGAGUAUGUCUCACGGUCGAGGUCCAGGAGUGGGCGGGGCACUACGGCCCUCCUCCCGGCCCAGCCCCGGUGCCCUCUUCACCCCUUCCCCUGGUCUUCCUCCGCCGCCUCCUCUCUUGCAGGUGUCCCCGCACUCCACAGCAGAUCAGGACGUCCUUCGGCAGGAGCCUAACGCUCACUUCCUCGGCUCCCAGAAUUCCGAGCGUGAAAACGGAACGGCGGGCGCUGGCUCGGGGGUCAGUGGGAGCUCUGGAUCUGGGGGAACGUCGACGUCGAGCACCAGCUCCGGGACCUCCAGCAGGCCCUCCCAGGCUCAGACCUCCAUCCCUACCAUGGCACUCCUGUUCCACCAACACAACCACCAACACCAGCACACCCACACCCACCAACACUUUGUGCAUCCACCUGCCACCGCGCCGCCACUGUUUGACAAGUAUCCAGGCAAGAUUGAUGGUCUGUUUCGUAACUCUUUUUUUCCUCAGUAUCCACCACCUGUGCCUGGGAUCCAGCCUGUACUCCCCCCCACUGGACCCUUCAGUUCUCUCCAAGGAGCCUUUCAGCCUAAGCUUGUUGCCCUCCAGGGAACUGCUCCAGAGAUGACUGCUCGUUUGGGUGUCGUGCCUCCUCACCUUCAGCCCAAAGACCCCAGGUUAACAGACCCGUUUGCAGCUUCACUGAAAGUCAGUAGUAAACCUGGCAAAUGGUGUGCGAUGCAUGUGCGUGUAGCCUGGAUGAUUUUGAGACAUCAGGAGAAAGUUAAGAUGAUGCAGACGGAUCCUCACAAGCUGGACUUUCGUAAUGACUUGCUGCCGCGUCUUCCUGGCUCUGGUGGUAUUGGAGCACUGGGAGGCCUGGGACCCCUUGGAGGGCCUCUGCCCCCAACCCAUGACCUCACUAGACCAGGCUGCCUCUUCACACCAGGUGGUGGAGUCAAUCCAAACUCCUCACCUUUCAUCCCCCCAUCAACGCCCCACUCGUCUUUCCUAAGCCCAGCAGCUCACCUGGAUCCAUAUGGUCGCUCUCCCCCCUUCACCCCACUGGGAGCCCUGGGUUCUGGUGCCUUUGGGGGACUGGGCAGCCCCACUCUGGCUGCCAGCUCUGUCUUUGGCCAUAAGGCAGAACCUUCUGCUAGUGCAGUGGGAGGGUUAAGUAACCCCCAUGAAGCCUGGAAUCGACUGCAUAUCGCCCCACCCUCUUUCCCCACCGGCCCCUGGGCCAAAGGGGCAGACAAGAGGGAAGAAAGAGACAGGGAGAAGGACUUGGAAAGGAGAGAAAUAACCCACAUCAAAGACGAAAAGGACAGGGACAACAUGUUGUAUGGCCGACCACCCCUUAAGCAUCGCAGCAGUACCCCCAGUUCUCACAUAAACGGCCUGGGGUCGCUGAGUGGAGGCGGGGGCCAGUCCGACGGACAAAGCAGGGAACGGGACAGAGAGAGAGAGAGGGACAGAGAAUCGGACAAGAGGCAGCACUCGACGUCGGCCCCCAGGCCUCUCGUGACAGCCGCCUCGUCGGCGCCAGAGCGGCCUCGCUCCUCCACGUCCUCCGUACACACCACCCCUCCCCCCUCUGUUCCCUUGGCACCGUCUCCUCUCGAUUUGUUUUCGCGACAGCCGCAACCACACACUCUCAACUCAGAACCAUCCCACCCGUCCCACAGAGAAAGCAGCGGUCCAGCCUCUUCCUCCUCCUCUGUGUCUUCUCUCCCAAUCAAAAAGCCGGAUCGGACCACGACUCCGGUAUCCAAACCGCCGCCCGGCCCCGCCUCCUCUCUUCUGCUCCCCUCCGUUAAGGUGAAGGAGGAGCGAAAAGAGGAGCCUGAUCCAGUGCCCAUUACCCUCCCACAUCCUCCCAUGCCCCCACACGGCUUCGAGAGGCCUAGCAGCCGUCACCCGCAUCCGUCAACCCCGUCUUCAACUCUCUCCUUGACCCCAACACCCAGUGUCCCCAUUCCACCUCCCACCCCGCAUCCUCCCCACCACCAUCACCUCUCCCUUUUGGAUCGCUCGCGAGCUGCGAUCGAGGCUUAUCUCAGUGGACCGGGAGGGGCAGCAGGGCUGGCCGUGGGGCCACCGGGAGACCGAUUUUCAGCCCAUCCUCACGGCCCACCUCAGGGUCACUCCCAAGCACCUCACGGCUUCCCUUGGGAUCCCUGGAGGGAACAGCCGCCGCGCAGAGACGUCCUGGCUCUGCGACCUGACGCUCACCUGUCGCGGUUGCUCCAGCAGCAGCACGCCCAGCGCUUUCUGGAGGCAGAGAGAGCAGCGGUGGCUGCGGCUGUGGCCGCCGGCCCGCACCAUCCACCAGCACCUACCUCUUCCUCCUCUGCCGUGGCGUCUCGGCCGGAGUUUGGAUUGAUGGCCCAUCACUUCGAUCGUCCCCCUCAGGUCGGCGCUCCCGGCGGUGGACUGCUGGACGAAGAGCAGCGCGCUCAGAUACUGCGAGAAGACUUUGAGAGAGCCCGCUAUUUUGGGAUACAUCCUCACCCACACCUCUCUGCCCCUCACCUGCCUAGCCCUUCUCACGCAGCCCACCUAGAACAGCUUCACGCGGGGCUGCUUUCUCACCCUCACCUCCAUCCAUCUGGGGCUUCUACGCCCUCGCCGCACCAUCAUGGUCUUUACUCUCGUCUGGGUCCCUUACACCCACAUCCCCACGUCCCGAAUGGCAUUCUGUCAAAGACCCCAGCUGGGUUGGUUGGAGCUCUGUCAGUGGGUGCCCCUCCUCCCCUCAUUCCAUCUGUGACUAGCAGGGCAUCCACUCCGCCUCGAAGCUCCAGACUUGGUGGACCUGCAGACUUGGCGUUGUUCAACACUCAUAAAGAUGGAGAGUCUAGAUAGUACAGGGCUAAUUGGGAAAUCAAGGGAAAUGUGAGGAUAACUGUGCUGAUUUAACUUCUCUCCCUGAUAAGGGAAAGUUCUGCAGGAAAAACAAAACAACAACGACAACAACAACAACAACAACAACAAAAAACAAAUUCAACCCACUGAAGCUAACCAGACCAUAUGUGAGAUAUGUUAGGAUAUCCUGAGGAGAGGGAGGACUAACUUGCCAAGGCUACUCAAGUACAUUUAUCCACUGUGGUUCUAUUAGUGCAAUUCUAAGGUACUUUUUUUUUUUUUCUGUGUUCCCGAUUUGUAAUGAGAUGAUAAGAAACCCUGUGGAUGUUCAGAAAUAACACAUUACCCCAAAUAAUAUGAACGGAGGGAAAAACAAACAAACAAACAUAUGAGCAUUUGUAAAGGGUGGAUCAGAAUUCUAUAGACUCUUGUUUGUAUUCAGAAAUACAUUACACUUUUGUACACAUUAAUGUACUAUUCAUCCCUUUCAAUGAACUUUUGGGUACAGAGAAGCCUGCUGUAGAAAAUGUUUGUGCUCUGCAUUUUCGGAGGGCAAAAAAGUUAAGGAAUGGGAACGAGAUUCAAGUGUUACUCUAAUUUUCUGUCAUUUGUGUUCUGUCUCAAGGUAACUGCACUGUCGCAGAAAAAAGAAAAAAAAAAGAAAAGAAAAAAAAUUGUUGAUACCUUAAACACCCUUAGUCUCCUUGUCUUUAGCUCUCUGCUCCAAAGCGGCCUAUGAUGAUAUGGUAUCACGUAUGUGGU